UCAACAUCACAAAACGUCAAAAUCUGUCAAAUCUAACUGUCAUUCCUGUCAAGCGCAAUAAAUUUCUCUUGAAACCUACAAAUUUCGUUAUAAACCCAGUCAAUUCGCAAUGCCCAUAGACAUUCCGGGCUUCCUUUACGCGGGGGCGGUAGCCGCAGGCGGUGUUCUCGGUUAUUACAGAGCAGGGUCGAUACCGUCAUUGGCGGCUGGUCUUCUGUUUGGCAGUGCUCUCGCAUACGGGGCCUUCCAAGUUAGCCGAGAUCCUUCCAAUUAUUCAGUACAAUUGGUCACCAGUUCAAUUUUAGCAGGCGUAAUGGGGUACAGAUUCUACAAUUCAGGCAAAAUCAUGCCCGCGGGGGUUGUGUGCGCUUUGUCUGGGGCUAUGAUCGUGCGUAUUGCUUUCAAAGCAGCGACAUUGACUGACAGGAAGAUUACUUAACUUAUGCUUCCUGAUAGGGUCUUCCUUUGUCCCUUGGUGUAGGUAUUAAAAUGUGACAAAUCCAUUAUAUUUACGAAUAGUUAUGUGUAUGUUUUUUGAUGAUUUAUGUUUUGUUGAAAUAAAUGAGUAUAUGGCUG